GCCGUCUCUGGGCAUGAAAGCACUAGAGCUCUAUGCGAAAAUAAAACGUCUACAGGGUAAUAAAUAUCGGCUGACAACAUGAAUUUUUACUUGGCACUCGUGUUAGCUGUCACUACAGCUAGCAAUGCUCUACCUGUGUCGCAGCCUGAAGCUGAAGCGUCUGCACUUGCUGAAGCAGUGCCCGACGCAUACGCUGGAGCCCUAGCAAUCGCCAAUGCUUUUCCAGAAGCUUCCCCUGAAGCAUUUGCUGCAGCCUACCCUGAUGCAUACCCUGAAGCCUACGCCGAAGCUGCCCCUGAAUCGUAUGCUAAUGCCUACCCCGAAACCAACGCUAAAGCUUCUCCCUUAGCAUAUGCUGGAGCCUUCCCUGAAGCAAAUGCUGGAGCUUUUCCUGGAGCAUAUGCUGGAGCUUUUCCUGGAGCAUAUGCUGGAGCUUUUCCUGGAGCAUAUGCUGGAGCUUUUCCUGGAGCAUAUGCUGAAGCCUUCCCAGAAUCCCUUGCCGAAGCAGAAGCAGAAGCUGCGCGUCGUAAUUAUUUCGGCACGUACGCUCACGCCCACGGGUACGGGCACGGCCAUAACAAAUAUCGGACGUACUCGAGCUGCAGAAACCACGGUUAAAUUUAAGUUACAGGAACUAGGGAACAAAAUAUGGUACUCACAAUGCUUGCUGGUCCAGGAUUACUAAUCAGCUGAUUGGUUGUGUUCUAGUCAUCUUUUGUUUCUGUUCUUAAGUGACUUAGCGAUGGCAAAGCGCUCGAUGUCAGUCGAAAGUGUGUGCGCACCCAUCAUAUUUUGAAUUUAUGUGGACAAGGGCAUUUCAAAUAGAUGAAUCUAAUACACGCAUUUAGAGAUAAUUGCUAUAUACGUGUGUUUUUACCAAUGUAUAUCAGCUGUCUAAAGUUAUGAGCAAUUCUCUCGUCUUCUUUGAUAACAUGUAUUAGAACAUUGAACUUGUUCACAUUGUUAGUACAUUGCAACUAAUUGUAAGUAAAAACCAAAUUCUAA